AUGGUGCUAAAGGAUCCCGCCGUGGCUCUGACCCUUUUCCUUUGGAUUACGGCUUCCUGGGGCUGCCUGGCUGCAGCUGCCGGGGUUGCUGCUGCUCGCAAGCAGGACGAGUCUUUCUCCGCUGUCAGUGUCUACAGAGCCAGAUGCACCUCCAGGUGCCUGAGCCUGCAGAUCACUCGCAUAUCUGCCUUCUUCAAGCAUUUCCAGAACAAUGGCUCCCUCGUUUGGUGCCAGAAUCAUAAACAGUGUUCAAAGUGCCUGGAGCCCUGCAAAGAAUCUUGGGACUUGAAGAAAAACCAUUGCCAAAGUUUCUGUGAGCCUCUUUUCCCCAAGAAGAACUAUGAAUGCCUAACUAGCUGUGAAUUCCUCAAGUAUAUCCUGUCAGUGAAGCAAGGAGACUGCCCAGCGCCUGAGAAGGCCAGCGGUUUUGCGGCUGCCUGCGUUGAAAGCUGUGAGGCUGACAGUGAAUGUUCUGGGGUGAAGAAAUGCUGCUCCAAUGGAUGUGGACAUACAUGUCAAGUACCAAAAAAUCUGUACAAAGGUGUUCCACUGAAACCCAGGAAAGAAUUAAGAUUCACAGAACUUCAGUCUGGACAACUGGAGGUUAAGUGGUCUUCAAAAUUCAAUAUUUCAAUUGAGCCUGUGAUCUAUGUGGUGCAGAGGAGAUGGAAUUAUGGAAUCCAUCCCAGUGAAGAUGAUGCUACCAGCUGGCAAACGGUGGCACAGACUACAGAGGAGAGAGUACAACUGUCUGACAUAAGACCCAGCAGGUGGUACCAGUUCCGAGUGGCGGCCAUUAAUGUGCAUGGAACAAGAGGCUUCACAGCACCCAGCAAGCACUUCCGCUCUUCUAAAGACCCAUCUGCUCCACCAGCCCCAGCUAAUCUCAGAAUUGCCAACUCCACUACAAAUAGUGAUGGAAGUGUAACUGUAAGGAUUAUUUGGGAUCUCCCUGAAGAACCUGAUAUCCCAGUUCAUCACUACAAAGUCUUCUGGAGCUGGACAGUCAGCAGCAAGUCUGUUAUCCCAGCUAAGAAGAAAAGAAGGAAGACUACUGAUGGGUCCCAAAAUUAUGUGGUCCUGGAAGGACUGCAACCCAACAGCAACUACAUGGUGGAACUGCAAGCAGUAACAUACUGGGGACAAGUACGACUAAAAAGCACCAAGGUUUCUCUCUAUUUCAGCUCAACUCAAACAACUAUUAAUAAAGAACAGACCUCUCCAAUUGGGAAAACCCGGAAAGGACUAGUUGAUCCUCUUCCACCCUUUCAAAGAAGGAGACCGGCUCGUCUUCUUGAAAUUGGAGCUCCUUUCUAUCAAGACAAUCAACUUCAGGUCAAAGUCUACUGGAAGAAGACAGAAGACACUAGUAUGAGUCGAUAUCACGUCCAGUGGUUCCCAGAAUCCUGUGUGCACAAUGAAACUAAAGGGCCUGAAAAAGCAACUGGCCUGACCUAUGAAAACUACAUAAUUCUUCAGGACCUGUCAUUUUCAUGUAAAUAUAAAGUGACCGUUCAGCCAGCAAGAUCUAAAGGUCGUUUGAAGGCUGAAAGUAUUUUCUUUACCACCCCACCUUGCUCUGCUCUUAAAGGAAAAAACCACAAGCACAUUAGUUGUCCUGCUGAAGGAGCAUCAGUUCUCCCUAAAGUGCUGGCCAAACCCGAGAAUCUAUCUGCCUCUUUCAUUGUUCAGGAAGUAAAUAUUACUGGUCACUUUUCAUGGAAGAUAUCAAAGGCAAAUCUUCAUCAGCCCAUGACAGGUUUUCAAGUCACCUGGGCAGAGGUUACUACAGAGAGCAGACAAAACAGCUUACCCAACAGCAUCAUUUCCCAAUCACAGAUACUGCCAGCAGAUCAUUAUGUGCUGACUGUCCCCAACCUGAGGCCAUCAACGCUUUACCGAUUAGAAGUGCAAGUGCUGACAACAGGCGGGGAGGGGCCAGCUACAAUAAAAUCUUUCCGAACACCUGAUCUGCUGCCAUCUUCACCAUAUAGACCUCAUCUGAAACAGCACCAUCCACAUCACUACAAGCCACCCCCAGAAAAACACUAGACUACUUCAGAUGAUUAAACAAAUAACUGAGAGAAAAACUGAGCUCCCACAAGAAGACCAGAAAAACACACAUCUGUAGGAACAAUGAAUCAAUUUUUUCCAGUGGAAGUUAUCAUCCUGUAUGAUUUGUAGCUACUUCUACAUAGUUUAAGCAUGAAGACUAGUAUUUGUACCAGUGCCAGGAUGAAAUGUACAGCAACUAUCAUGACAGUACAACCCCUAUUUUGCUAACUGAAGAUUGCAUCCAAUUCAACACAUCUGAGAAAAAUCAAAUAUAUGUUUGUUGUAAUAACAUUUUGUUUCCUAGGUUUAAAGUAGAUUGAAGGGGUGAAGUGAAUAACAGAGGGUUUUGUUUUGCUAAUCUUUAUAACAAUAUCUGAGACAUUGUUCUUUUAUGUAUACAUAGCUUUGAAAGCCAGAGGCCAGAUCUUCAGCUGGGGUAAAUUAGCAUCUCUCAGUUGAACUCAGUGGAGCUGAGCCAAUUUACAUCAGCUAAGCCUAUACAGUAAAUACAGUUUGCCAUUAAAGGAGAUCUCCAUUUACCUAAAAUAAGUGCACAACCAGAUAAGUAGGAAUAACAGAU